AUGGUCAAAGUCGCGAUCGCAGGAGGAACGGGAGCUGUCGGGCGGGCUCUUGCAGAGACGCUUGCCCAGCAAGAGGUACAUGAGGCAAUCAUCUUGAGCCGUCGAGAGUCAAGUAAUGAUACUGCUGUCCUCCCAACAGUUCAGGCCAAUUAUGAUGACUUGGACAGCUUGACCAAAGUUCUUGCAGAACAUAAAGUCCACACUGUCAUAUGCGCGUUUGCUAUCACGGGGACUUCACUCAAGAAGUCCCAGAUGAACCUCAUCAAAGCCUCGGCUGCCGCGUCUUCUGUGGCGAGGUUUAUUCCUACCAGCUUUAGUAUUGACUAUCCCAGGGAUGGUGUAGAUAUACUGCCCCCUCUGCAGGACUACUUUGACUGCCUGGAUGAGCUAGCAAAGGCUGAGCUCGAAUGGUCCGUGGUACUCAACGGGAUAUUUCUGGAUUACUUUAGUGCUCCGCCCAUCAAGUCAUAUCUGGCGCCGAACGCCUUUGUUAUUGCCAUAGCAAACAAUGCCGCGGCCAUUCCGGGUACUGGUGAUGAAAUGGUAACGUUUACACAUACUUUUGACGUUGCCAGAUUCCUAGUCGCAGCCCUUGACCUAGACAAGUGGCCCAAAGAGCUUCGGAUUUCUGGCGACGAGAUGACAUUCAAAGAUUUUGUCAAGCUGGCGGAAGAAUUCAAAGGAACCAAAUUCACCGUAUAUUACGAUUCCAUGGACAAACUGAAGAAGUUUGAAAUAACAGAGCUUCCUCAACACGAAUCUCUGUACCCGAGAUUCCCGAAGCAGAGAUUCCAGUGGUUCCAGUCCAUUUUUGAACAGUGGACAGUUGCUGGGCUGGCACAUAUUCAGAGGGAGGGAUCACUAAAUCAGACAUUUUCUGAUCUGAAGCCUUUGAAUAUUCGGGAUAUGCUCGAGCAGUGCUGGAAGAAGUCCCUCGAGUAA